UUCCUCUUCCUCCCACUCUCACGAAUCAAUAGGCCACAUCUUCCUCCCCACUUCCGUGGUUACCCGGCCCUGCAGCCAUGGACGGCGUGUACCAAGCGCUGGUCGUGACCGUGGCUGCCUCCGUAGGCAUCUCCUUCCCCUGCCUCCUCGUCGCCUUCCUCUGCCGCCACCGCAAGAACCGCCUCCUCGAGCCGGACCACCGCUGCCCGUCGUCGUCGUCCCUCCCAGUCUCCGCCCCGAUCGGGAUAUCGUCGGAGCUCUCCUCGUCGUGGUCUCUGUACGGAUCGGCCGUCGACUCCUCGCUCAAGAAGCUCUCGCUGGACGACCUCGCUAGGGCCACCGGCGAAUUCUCCCCGGACAACAUCAUCGGCGACGGCAGCUUCGGGUUCGUGUACCGCGCCGUGCUCCCGGACGGCGGGCCCGCGGUGGCCGUGAAGCGCCUCUCCGCGGACCACGCCGCCGGCGCCGGCAACCGCGAGUUCCGCGCCGAGCUGGAGGUGCUCGGCAGCCUCAGCCACCGCAACCUCGCGCGCCUGCUCGGCUACUGCGCCGCCGGGCGCGACCGCCUCCUCGUCUACGAGCUCCUCGAGCGAGGCAGCCUCGACGCCUGGCUGCACGGCGACGCCGCCUCGGCCGGUGGCCUGCUCCCGUGGCCCGCGCGCCUCCGCGUCACCCGCGGCGCAGCGGCCGCGCUCGCCUUCCUGCACCACGACCGCCACCCGCCCGUGCUCCACCGCGACGUCAAGUCCAGCAACGUGCUACUCGACGAGGGGUUCGAGGCCAAGCUCGCCGAUUUCGGCCAUGCGAGGGUCGUCACCGGCGGCCCUGCCGCGUCGCAGCUCAGCACGCAGGCCGCCGGCACAGCGGGGUACAUGGCACCAGAGAUACGUGAAGGCGUGGGAGCAAGCGUGAAAGCAGAUGUGUACAGUUUUGGCAUGCUAAUGAUGGAGACAGUGACCGGUCGACGACCAAGCUGGCCAAUGAAGAACAUUAGAGGUAAGGAAGUAGAACUAUUGAAAUGGGCAAGGGAAAAGGUUGAGGCCGGCAUAUCCUCGGAGAUUGCGGAUCAUCGAAUGGGUUUAGAAGGGGAAAAGGAAACAAAGGAGGUGAAAGCUUUCUUGGACAUCGCACAAAGUUGCACAGAGGAGUCUCCUAAGUAUCGACCGACAAUGAAAGAGGUGGUAGAGAGGCUCAAUAGGCUGUGAAAGUUUCAAAUCAAAUGUUCUCUCUAAUUAAGAUUGAAUGACAACAAGAAAAGCUCAGCGGAUUGACUAUGCCAUGAUCAAUUUGAGUUCCCCUACUGUAACAUAUAGGUCUUAUGCUAGUACUUAGUUUGUUUUACAAAUUGUGCGUAUUUUGUGUAUGAGGAGCUGAUGACAUGUGUGAAAAACACAUAUGUAUUUCGAGUUGUACAAGGAAAAUGGGCGACCAAUAUGUCUUACACC